AUGUCUAAGGAAGAGAUUCUCAAUGGUGAUGGAGUUCUGAGGAUCAAGGGUCGAAUUUGUGUUCCGAGAGUAGGAGAUUUAGCUAGAUUGAUCAUGGAGGAGGCUCAUUGUUUGAAGUACUCCAUUCACCCAAGGGCUGUAAAGGUGUAUCGUGUCUUGAAGCAAUAUUAUUGGUGGUGUCAAAUGAAGAGGGACAUAGUGGAGUUCAUAUCUCGGUGUUUGAAUUGCCAACAAGUGAAGUAUGAGCACCAAAAGCGUGGUAGUUUGAUUCAGAGGAUACCCAUACCGGAGUGGAAGUGGGAGCGGAUUGUUAUGGACUUUGUGGUUCUCGAUGAUAUGUUACGAUCCUGUGUGAUUGAUUUUGGUGGUCAUUGGGACCGAUUUCUACCUUUCGUAGAGUUUGCUUCUAAUAACAAUUACCAUUCGAGUAUUGAGAUGGCACCGUUUGAGUCGUUGUAUGGCAGGAGGUGUCGUUCUCUGAUUGGUUGGUUUGAUGCUUUUGAGGUGAGGCCUUGGGGUACAGAUUUGUUGAGAAACUCUUCAGAUAAGGUUAAGUUGAUUCAGGAAAGACUUCUUACUGCUCAGAGUAGACAAAAGAGUUAUGCAGACUGGAAGUGGGAUUCAAUGUUGCUUGAUCAGAAUCUGACUUUUGAGGAGGAGCCGAUAGCCAUCUCAGAUAGACAGAUUCGGAAGGUGAGAUCGAAGGAAAUAGCUUUAGUAAAUGUGCAAUGGAGACAUCGUCCAUUUGAGGAGGCUACUUAG